AUAUAUAUAACAUGAUACCGUCGGCGAUCUUGAAAAUAUUCAUGGAGCAAAGGGAGCUGAAUAUGGAUGACGUUCAUAUCGGCGACGCACAUGCUUUUUGACAUAUUUACAGCAUUUUCUCAUAUAACUUCAUUUAUGUGGUAAAUAAUAAAUUUGGUCUUCUUUAUAUAUAUUUAUUUUCUCUUUGCUGUGAACAUAAUGGCCAAGUUAGCUGAGCUAUGGGAGGUCGGUGUGUCCAGCGUUGGGAAGUAUGGUGCGCUCGCCAUAUUGAUUUUUACCUUGGCUGUUGCGUAUGAAGUAGCAGGAAUUAUCUACAACCUCUACUUUCACCCAUUGCGCGACUUCCCUGGACCAUUGAUUCAAAGGGCUUCAAGACUUCCAUGGGCAAUUCGACAUGCUCUUGGUUCUCAAGCUCUUUACACGCAAAAGCUUCACGACAAAUAUGGACCUAUCGUCCGUGUUGGGCCGAAUCACUUGACUUUUACCGAUCCGAGGGCAUGGAAAGAUAUCUAUGGUCAUCGUGUUGGUACCGAGGGCGAUAUGGCAGAAAUGCCCAAAACUCGCGUGUUCAACAAGACAAUUCGAUCCCAGCCGACUUCGAUCUUAAACGCAGACCGUGAAGAGCAUUCUCGAUUCCGUCGAGCACUUUCGCAUGGGUUUUCUGAUAAUGCGAUGCGCCAACAGGAGCCAAUGAUUAAGAAAUAUGUCGAUCUCUUGCUACAGAGAUUACAUGAAGAAUGUGAUAAUGGGAAGAAAGCACUCAACAUCGAGGCUUGGUACAAUUGGACGACUUUCGAUAUCGUGGGAGAUCUUGUUUUCGGACAGUCGUUUCACUGUCUUGACAAUGUCGACUAUCAUCCCUGGAUCGAGUUCAUAUUCAGCAGUAUUCGAUUCGGUGCUAUCACGGUAGCGAUGACUUAUCUUGGCUUGGGCGACCUCGUGCAAUUGCUAGUUAAGUUGGGUGGGAAUGCGAUUAAAAGAGUACGGAAGUAUACCGAUGACAUGGUGAGGACACGGUUAUCAAUGGAGAAGGACCGCGACGACCUCUUCGAGGGCCUUAUUAAGAGACGUGAGGACUGGAACUUAUCGUUCCAGAAACUGUCUGCGAAUGCGUUCAUUCUCGUCCUCGCUGGAUCCGAGACGACGGCAACCACGUUAUCUGGUGCUACCUAUCUCCUAUUAACUCACCCAGAGAUCCUAGAGAAGUUGAAGAAGGAGGUUCGCUCGGCAUUUACCAGUGUCGAUGAAAUCACGAUUAGUUCCGUCAACAAGCUCUCGUAUAUGCUCGCAAUCCUCAACGAAUCGCUCCGACUUUAUCCUCCCGUCACCUCGGGUCUAGUUCGAUCAGUUCCUGAGGGUGGUGAGCAGAUUGCGGGUCACUACGUAGCUGCUGGUACGUACGUCGAAGUCCAACACUGGUCGAUGAACCACAGCAAGGAGAACUGGAAGGACCCAUGGGCCUUCCAACCCGAGCGAUUCCUGACCACCCCUGAAGAGGCUGCCAAAGCCGGAAACCAGCUUGAAGCUCUACAGGCCUUUAACGUUGGUCCCCGGAAUUGUAUUGGGCGCAACCUUGCGUAUGCCGAGAUGCGCUUAAUUCUAGCCCGCAUUAUCUACGAGUUCGAUCUGAAGCUAUCUGACGACAGCAAGAACUGGAUCGAGAGGCAAAAGACAUUUGCGCUUUGGGAUAGAAUCCCUCUUUACGUAAACUUGACCCCGGUAGAGCGAUAGUCUGCUUUACAAUCAAAUAGCAUUUAUAUGGAACAUAGAAAUGAGUUCUAGCUUAUAUCAAUGGAUUUGGUGUAAAGAGUAGGGUGAUCUAUGCGGCGAAAGGUAGAGUACAUGUGAGGACGCUAGGAUAUGUGUGUUGCAAAACUCCCAUCUAUAAACCAUUGUAUCAAAAUAUACCCCUGUCACGAAUCUACGUUGAUCAUCAUACUAAGCUGUUACUUACCUAGGUAGUAAUGCAUUCUUCCUGGCUGCUU